CACCGUUAUACCUCAUCGAAGAAGAAGGUCAGCAGUGUCUAUCUCUUUCUAGUUAAAUUAGCAGAAUGACAUCUCCUCCAUUUGAAGAAGUUGAACUGAACAAGAAACACGAAGAAAUUCUAGGGAAGAGGGCUGUGCUCCUUCAGCAGAUGGAAAGUCGAUAUGAGCAACAGAAGAGCAAGAGGAGGCAGCAGGUGAAGCUGUCACAAGCUGCACAUGAGAGAAACUCCCAGCUCCUCCAGGACUUGCAGAAAAUGGAGAAUCGUCUCAGAACAAGAGAACUCCCACACCCUGACAUCCUCAGUUUGGAGACUCGUUACUGGGCAUCAGUUGAGGAGAAGAUCCCAGAAUGGGAGCGCUUCCUACUGGGUAAGGGCCCACAUCCGAGCAGUGACCCUAGCAGAACACCUAAACAACAAAAACAGAAAACUACACCCAGAGACCAUGCCCCCACACAAGAUGGGGCUCUGCCUCCUCGUCCUAUACUGAAACAUGUCAAAUGACCUGAAGUGGACAAUCUGUUUUGGCUUUUGACUUAAUCUUAUGUGAUCAACAUGGAGUGAAGGAGAAACUAAAAUCAGUUGACAGUUACACUGUAGAUUGAGGUUAUUGUGAGGUAAAUGCUAUUUUUUUAUAGGCCAUAUUUAGUCUCAUAUGGGCUGUUUUCCUAUCAGAAUAACAGUAUUCUUAGCACCAACAUUAUUGAGUAGGCAUCAUGUUGAUUUCCAUUGUAUUUACACUGCAGCUCCUUUUUGUGCUCAGUCAUUUUGAUGUCUCAGGGUGAAGCUCAGAUUUAGCCUAUUACCCCUCAGUCUGCAGAAUUGCUGCUCUUGAUUGCAAUGUUUACAAGCAAUGCUCACACUUUCAGUGAGAUGGUAUUGCCUUUAACGCUUUAUGGUAAUCCCAUCAGAAUUCUAUUUGAAACAGAAUAUGGUGUCUUUGAAUUCAUGGCCCAUAUCUGCCCACUAGGGGGAGGUAGCACCAUAGAUUUGGAUAACAGGCAAAUUCCUUCAGUUAGUUAGACUCAGGUCAUUCACUUCGUCUGUCACUCAGCAAUGAUUUAAUCAAAUAUGCUCUUAUUUAUUUGCAUGUAUUGUCUGUAUACUAGCUAUGUUCUUAUGUGUACAUUAAAGCACUUUUUUUGUUCAUA